CCGCGCGUGGAGGCGCGGGCCGCUUGCCCCUCGCCCCUCGGACUCCGGUGCCCGUGGGCCAGACACCAUGAAGGAGACGCCGCUCUCAAACUGCGAGCGCCGCUUCCUCCUCCGCGCCAUUGAGGAGAAGAAGCGGCUGGACGGCCGGCAGACCUACGACUACAGGAGCAUCCGGGUCUCCUUCGGGACGGACUACGGGUGCUGCGUGGUGGAGCUCGGGAAGACGAGAGUUCUCGGACAGGUUUCCUGUGAACUUGUGUCUCCAAAACUCAAUCGGGCAACGGAAGGCACUUUUUUUAACCUUGAACUCUCUCAGAUGGCUGCUCGCUUUGAACCUGGCAGGCAGUCAGAUCUCUUGGUGAAGUUGAAUCGACUCUUGGAAAGAUGUCUAAGAAAUUCAAAGUGUAUAGACACUGAAUCUCUUUGUGUUGUUGCUGGUGAAAAGGUUUGGCAGAUACGUGUGGACCUACAUUUUAAUCAUGAUGGAAAUAUCAUUGACGCUGCCAGCAUUGCUGCCAUCGUGGCCUUGUGUCACUUCCGAAGGCCUGAUGUCUCUGUCCAAGGAGAUGAAGUUACCCUGUAUACUCCUGAAGAGCGAGAUCCUGUACCAUUGAGCAUCCACCACAUGCCCAUUUGUGUCAGUUUUGCCUUCUUCCAGCAAGGAAUGUAUCUCUUGGUGGAUCCCAAUGAACGAGAAGAACGGGUAAUGGAUGGCUUGCUGGUGAUUGCCAUGAAUAAGCAUCGAGAGAUUUGUACCAUCCAGUCCAGUGGUGGGAUAAUGCUACUAAAAGAUCAGGUUUUGAGAUGCAGUAAAAUAGCUGGUGUGAAAGUAGCAGAAAUUACAGAGCUAAUACAGAAAGCUCUGGAGAAUGACCAAAAAGUUAGGAAAGAAGGUGGAAAGUUUGGCUUGCAGAGCUAUAGCAAAUCAAGAAUCACAGCAUUUAAAAUGGAGAAGGCCCCCAUCGAUACCUCAGAUGUAGAGGAGAAAGCAGAAGAAAUCAUUGCUGAAGCUGAGCCUCCUCCAGAAGUUGUUGCUGAACCUGUGCUGUGGACUCCUGGAACUGCCCAGAUUGGAGAGGGAAUAGAAAAUUCCUGGGGUGCACUUGAAGACUCCGAGAAGGAAGCUGAGGAUGAAGGUGGCAGUGACGAAGCUGUCCUUGACGACAUGAAGAUGGACAUGGCAGCAGAAGUUUCCGACAUUGGAAGCCAAGAUGCCCCUAUAGUACUCUCAGAUAGUGAAGAAGAAGAAAUGAUCAUUUUAGAACCCGACAAGAAUCCGAAAAAAAUAAGAACACAGACCAUCAGUGCAAAACAAGAAAAAGCACCAAGUAAAAAGCCAGCAAAAAAGAGAAAAAAGAAGAGAGUUGUUAACUAACAAUAGUUGCAUAUUUGCAUAUGUAGCUAAUAAAGGUAAUUUAUUCAGUGCAAACUA